AUGCAUGCUUCUGAUGCUCCGAGUCCGGAAGCUAGUGGGAAGCAUCUCAAUAUACCGUCAACACGGCUGGAUGCCAACAUAAAUUUUCCACCGUAUUUUGAUACGAUUGUUGCUGGUGCGAUCGGUGGCGCUUCUGGCGAUUUCAUGAUGCACAGCGUAGAUACCGUUAAAACUCGUGUGCAAGGACAACCCCAUCACCGACCUUCAAAAUACCACAACAUGGUGCAAGCAUACAGACUCAUUUGGAAGGAAGAAGGUGUAUUACGAGGACUGUAUGCAGGCAUUACACCUGCUAUGCUCGGAUCUCUUCCUGCGACAACACUUUAUUUCAGCGCUUAUGAAUUUACGAAACGGACUUUGACAGGUUAUAAUGUGCCAGAAGUGGUUUCUCACUUGACGGCUGGUUCCCUUGGCGACCUUUUGGCAUCUGUAUUCUACGUCCCUUCUGAAGUCUUGAAAACACGUAUGCAACUCCAAGGUCGAUAUAACAACCCUCAUUUUAUAAGUGGGUACAACUACCGAGGCACUUGGCAUGCAACUAAAGUGAUUGUAAAAUACGAUGGAUUCGGUGCAUUGUUCCAUGGAUUCACUGCUACAAUUCUUCGCGACGUUCCCUAUUCCGCUUUACAGUUUGCAUGUUAUGAACAAUUCAAAAAAUUCGCUAAAAAGCAGUACGAUGGCGAACACUUACCCAUCGGCGUUGACUUAUUGACGGGUUCGAUGGCAGGCGGCCUUGCCGGCGCUAUAACAACACCGUUAGAUCUUAUGAAGACGUUAUUACAGACACAGCAAAGCAAGAAGAAAGGCGGAUCAGGUUCAAAUAACCCACCAUCAAGUACCGGUCCCUCAAAUAACCAGCAGAUGGGGCCGAAGCAUUACAGCGGCAUUCUCGAAGGCAUGAUGUGGAACUAUAAAAACCAUGGGCUGGGCGGCUUAUUUAGAGGCGUUGGACCGCGGGUGUUUUGGACCAGUUUGCAGAGCGCCGUCAUGUUCGUUAUUUAUGAACAAAUCUUGCAUGUGGAAGAAGCAUUGCGGAACCGAGGGGAGUGGCCACCCUCUGAGGUAGCAGCAAAGCUUCUUCCAAAAUAA